GCAAUAUAUAUUCAUUCACGGAAUCAGUGAAUUUUAGGGUUUUGUUAUCAAAUCUUGAUCGGCGAUGGAACGAACAAGCAACGGAGGAAUGUUGUAUCACGAGGUUCAAGAGUCAAAUCUGUGCGCCGUACACUGCGUCAACACGGUGUUGCAAGGACCUUUCUUCUCUGAAUUCGAUUUAGCUGCCGUCGCCGCCGAUCUUGACGGGAAGGAGCGUCAGGUUAUGCUUGAAGGUGCUUCCGUUGGAGGGUUUGCCCCCGGCGAUUUCUUAGCUGAAGAGUCGCACAAUGUUUCCCUCGGCGGCGAUUUUAGUAUCCAGGUCUUGCAAAAAGCUUUGGAAGUAUGGGAUCUACAAGUGAUUCCACUCAAUUGUCCAGACGCAGAGCCUGCGCAGAUAGACCCUGAGCUUGAAAGCGCCUUCAUCUGCCACUUGCAUGACCAUUGGUUUUGCAUAAGGAAAGUGAAUGGCGAAUGGUAUAACUUUGACAGCCUCCUCGCUGCUCCACAACAUUUAUCGAAGUUCUACCUUUCUGCGUUCCUAGACUCUCUCAAAGGCUCAGGAUGGAGUAUCUUCAUAGUGAAAGGAAACUUCCCACAGGAGUGUCCCAUGUCGUCUUCAUCUGAAGCUUCCAAUAGUUUUGGACAGUGGCUUUCUCCUGAAGACGCAGAGAGACUAAUAAAGAGCACGAGCUCAGUACGAGGUUCUUCUGCUAGAAACAACAGAAGUAAUGACAAUGUUGAUCAACAAAGACCAAAUCAGGCAUUGUCACACGAGGAAGUGCAGGCUUUUUCAGAGAUGGAAGAUGAUGACUUGAAGGCAGCAAUUGCAGCGAGUUUGCUUGAUGCUUCUGCGGCUGGGGCGAAUCUCGGCGCUGUGGGGACUUCUCAAGAGGAAACUGAGAAACAAAAAUAGCAGAGAAAAUAUAGAAGAAGUCUUAUU